ACAAGGGCGGCGGCGCGCGCUGUGAAUCCCGGACCUGGGUUCCAAAAGACGACGCCGAGCUUGUCUCCGCCACGUUGUGGAUUUGAGGCUGAGGACAAAUGCAACUUUUUCCGUCUCCCCACGUCCGCGGCCGGAAGUCACCUCCUGGGCUUUGCGCUUUUUUCAGUUUGGCCUGAGUUUGGGCCAUUUGUGUGUGUGUGUCUUCACCUCCUAAGCGGAAUUUCUUGAAUGGCGGGUGAAAAGGCUGAGAAGCCAGAUACUAAGGCGAAAAAACCUGAAGCCAAGAAGGCUGAUGCUGGUGGCAAGGUUAAAAAGGUGAAGCAGGUUAAGAAGGGGAAGCCCCACUGCAGCCGAAACCCUGUCCUGGUCAGAGGAAUUGGCAGAUAUUCCCGAUCGGCUAUGUAUUCCAGAAAGGCCUUGUACAAGAGGAAAUAUUCAGCAGCUAAAUCCAAGGUUGAAAAGAAAAAGAAGGUGAAGGUUCUUGCUACUGUCACAAAACCAGUUGGUGGUGACAAGAAUGGUGGUACCCGGGUGGUUAAACUUCGCAAAAUGCCUAGGUAUUAUCCUACUGAAGAUGUGCCUCGAAAGCUGUUGAGUCACGGCAAAAAACCCUUCAGUAAGCAUGUGAGAAAACUGCGCGCUAGCAUCACUCCUGGGACCAUUCUGAUUAUCCUCACUGGGCGCCACAGAGGCAAGAGGGUCAUUUUCCUGAAGCAGCUGAGCAGUGGCUUGCUACUUGUGACUGGGCCUCUGUCCCUCAAUCGAGUUCCUCUGCGGAGAACACACCAGAAAUUUGUCAUUGCCACUUCCACCAAAAUUGAUAUCAGUGGUGUGAAAAUCCCAGAACAUCUCACUGAUGCUUACUUCAAGAAGAAGAAACUGCGUAAGCCCAGGCACCAGGAAGGUGAGAUCUUCGACACAGAGAGAGAGAAAUAUGAGAUUACAGAGCAGCGGAAGGUUGAUCAGAAAGCUGUGGACUCACAAAUUCUGCGAAGAAUCAAAGCUGUUCCUCAACUCCAGGGCUACCUCCGCUCUGUGUUCGCUCUUACAAACGGAAUUUAUCCUCACAAAGUAGUGUUCUAAACUUCUUACAAAGAACCUAAUUAAAUAAUUCGGUCCAUUUC